GCUGCAUAAUGCAAACAUGACGGCGCAUAUGUCACGUAAGAGAGUCGUAUUGUUAGAAUUUGUUGUCAUUGCCGCGCAGCUGAGUUCUUGGCCGUGUUGUCAUCUGGGCGCUGAAUCAAGGUUUAUGCAGCUCACCUGCAAGUGUGCAUAUUUAUUAUGUAUUAUAAUGCUGUGGCAAGCGAGACUGACAGGGGAGAAAACCAAGAGAAACUCGAGAACUUUUGUGUUAGGGAUAACAAAAAGUAUCUAUAAAAUGGAUUCAGGUACAGAUGCAAGUUUAUAUGAUCCAAAACAGUUUCGCCAGGCACUGUUUUAUGUUGGAUUUUAAGGAGACAGCUUUGAAGGAAACCAGGCAUCCGAACACGUGUCAAUCUUCGUUUUAUCUCCAAGAACUAGACGUGCGUGAGAUUGAAAGAUCGACUUGCAUUAUUCUAUCUAGAUUGCUGCAACAUGAGAAGUCGUAAAUAUCCCAGAAAUAAAUUCACGCGCCAAUUAGAGCGACAAAGAGAUAUUUGCCUCUCAAAUGAACUUGCGUAUUUCGUCAUAACGUUUGAAGAUGAUAGAUAUGAACUCUUACUACUGAAAAGGC